GCAUCUGUCAAAUUCUGCUUCCUGGUGAGGAUGAAAGGCAGGCACAGGGAGCAUUGAGGAGAUCUGGAUGAUCCAGGAUGAGGAGGAGAAGUUCUGACAGAUUCAUUGAGGAGUCAGCUGAUGGGACGGUGAGCAGUGUUUGAAAACGCUGAAGAACUAAAGGUUUUAAUCUGGAUCUGAGAACAAAAGCAGGACAGCAAGGGAGAGAGAAACCAAGGACACACAUGAGGCAACCUACAAUGCACUGACAGCGAGGAAUGGAAAGGAUCAGCGUGGAAACAGACUGGGAUGGGUUAGGUCUCUCCUCUCCGGGCGCCACGGGAAGAAACAACGUCUCCUCGUUUGUCACUGAGCUGAACUCGUUCAACAUUUCUCGCGGCGGAGGGUCCCUCUUUGGGCUCUUAAUAGAGAACGGCUCCAACACCACGGCUCACACCGUUCCUCAGCCCAGGGUGAGGGACCCAGGCCUGGCCAGGGCCGAGAUCGCCAUCCUGGGGGUGGUGCUGGCUCUCACCACGCUGGGCAACAGCUUCGUGUUGUGGGUGCUUUUGAGAAGGAGGAAGCACAAUGCACCGAUGCACCUGUUCAUGGUCAACCUGUGUGUGGCUGACCUGGUGGUGGCGCUCUUUCAGGUUCUGCCCCAGCUGAUAUGGGACAUAACAGAGAAGUUCCAGGGGCCCGACUUGCUCUGCCGGUCCGUCAAGUAUUUGCAGAUUGUGGGGAUGUUUGCUUCUUCCUACAUGAUAGUUGCCAUGACAGUCGACCGACACCAUGCCAUCUGCUGCCCGCUGCAGGCCUACCGCGUUGGGGCUAUGUCCCGCUGGAACACCCCUGUGAUAGUGGCGUGGGCCCUGGCUCUGGUCCUCAGCAUACCGCAGGUGUUCAUCUUCUCCCGCUCGGAAGUGGCUCCGGGUGAGUUCGAGUGCUGGGGUCACUUCACCGAGCCGUGGGGGCUGAAGGCCUACGUCACCUGGAUGACCGUGGCUGUGUUCCUGCUGCCCGCCCUCAUCAUUACCAUCUGUCAGAUAAGAAUCUUCCGGGAGAUCCACAACAUCUACUUGAAGUCAGAGAGGAUAAUGAUGGCUGAGCUCAAGAGGAGUGAAAUCCUUCUUCGCUUCCAGGGCCUCAGGAAGGAGGACGAGCGAGAGAGGGAGAGGGGAAGACAGGCGGCGGGGAGAGAAGGAGGAGGACAGCUCCUGAAGGACAAUGACGCCCACGACUGCGAAGUGGGAGAACAUUACGACUAUGUGCCGUCUGUUAUUCAGUAUAGUAGCUGCUGCGGCGAACAUCAGACAGCAGCCACAUCGCUGACGCAGGAGCAAAUACCGAACGGCUCGGAUUUCCGGGAGUCCUGUGCCAAGUCCGUCCGCUGCUCCCUGGACUAUGCCCCCCCUCCGCAUCAGGUCACUCCACCCCCCAGCAUCACCAAGGCAAUGUCCAAGACGGUGAGGAUGACCCUGGUCAUAGUGCUGGUCUACACCGUCUGCUGGUCGCCGUUCUUCAUCGUCCAGCUGUGGGCGGCCUGGGAUCCAGACCCUCCAGACCAAGGAGUGGCCUUCACAAUCCUGAUGCUGUUGGCCAGCCUGAACUCGUGCACCAACCCGUGGAUCUACACGGCUUUCUCCAGCAGCGUGUCCACAGAGCUUCAAAACCUGCUGCAGUGUCGGUCACGACUCGGCCGACGCGGCUCCCUCCCGGACGACUCGACGGCCACACACACCUCCACCACUAAGGACAACCUGUACUGACAAACACCUGGAAGACGGACGCGCCAAGACACGCUUGAAAGCACGCGGCGGCUGGGCUUCGUGAACGCCGUGCCGCGAGCAUCGACGCUUCUGCCGCCGCUGUCGCCAUCUGCAGCAUCGCCGCUUGAGAACAGGCCGACCUUUACCAGAUGUUUGCUUUGACAAAGGACAGCUGUACCCUCAGCAGGACAUCCAUCUGUACUCACCUGCCUGCUCCGCCCCCACUGUAGCUACCGGAAAGGAUGUCAUUGACGAUGUCAACAACACGCGCUGCCGAGCCUCGCAGUGCAUCUGCAAUGCAAAAUGACCUGGAAAGCAAAGAGAUUUUCACUUCAGUAGCUUCUGGCUCGGGUCUUGUGGAGCAACUCAUGUGGGGAAAACAGACAGAAAACACUGGCUGACUCUAACACAGCGGAGAACACCAGGAAUGCAAAAGAUGGAUCGCUGCAUUAAUAUCCUCUUGACAUGCCAAAUGCACAAGACAGCAGACAAAACUGUGGAUCCAGAGGAAUCCAAACAGCAAUAAGAGAGAUUGCUACAGCUAUGAAUGGGAUCCGAAACCAAAGUGAACAAAUGUUUUUUUUUUUUCUUUGUUAAACGAUAGAUUAAAGGCUGAAUUCACACUUUGAAGGAAGUCUUCAGAAGCUGGGCAUGUAUUCACUCCUGAGGAUGGUGAGUUGAGGUAAAGCGGAGUCCUCCAAGAAGCUGCAGAAAAACACGCAUAAAACACUCUCAAACCGGAGGGGAGGAAGGAGGAAAGAGCAGAAACGAACAAACACAUUAUCUACGAGCGACUGUGGCUGCGAACUAUGUGGCCGUGGUUUGAG